UGGCGGCACAAGAUGCCUCCAUCUUGGGAGUGGCAGAUUCUGCAGCCGGAAAAGAAGGUUCCUGAAAAAUGCUCUCCAAUGUCCGCGGAGUGGUGGACAGGGGGAUUGAAAAAAACAAAAACAUGGGGACACUUGGCUGGCUCGGUCUGUGGAGCUUGCGACUCUUGCUAUCAGAGCUGUGGGUACGAGCCCCACGUUGGGUAUACAGGUUACUUAAAAAUCAAAUCAAAUCUUAAAAAAAAAAAAAAAAGCAAGCACGUGACCCCAAAGUACCCUCCCCCCAAUAUCCUGAGGCGCGGCUUUGCCAGCCCCCUAUUGGGCCGCCCCUCUGUGCAGCGCUAGCCAAUGAGAGUGGUGGUAUGGAACGCGGGCGGUUUCCAUGGGAGCGCUGGAAGGAGGAGGGGACGGAGGUUACCUAGCAACCGGGAGAUGCUGCGAGGCCGCGCCAAGCAGUCAGAAAGUGCAUUCUCCCUGAGCCUGAGGAACCCGCGUCGACGACGGAUCUCAGACAGGGGCGAUUGCUGGUUGCCACCUUAAAAUCUCCAGGGGCUCUAGGCCCCAACCUAGUCAUGACGUCUCCCCUGUGCUGGGGUGUGUCAACCAACGUCCUGCAUGCUCAGGACCAGGCUUCGACCUCUUCCAAAGUCAAGAGCAGUCCGACUCGGGCCAAGCACCGCCACCCCCAAGGCAAGGGCGCUGCCCACGCCUGGCUCCCACUCCAUUCCAAGGCGGGACCCCUCUACACCGGCCGGGGGACGUCCACUGUGAACGCGCAGGUGGCAGAGUUACAAAAGAAAAUACAAGUGUUAGAGGGUGACCGGAAGGCCUUUUAUGAGAGCACCCAGUGGACCAUCAAGAAAAAUCAGAAGACCAUCGCCCAGCUCCACGAGGAGACCAGGACGCUGCACCUGCAUUUGGCGGACCUGCUCCAGGGAGAUGAGAAAAUGGUCCAGGCAUUGAUUCGGGAGUGGAAGUCAGAGAAGCCAUACCUGAAGAACAGGACAGGCCAGCAGGCCCUGGAGUACCUGGAGCACCAGCUGAGAGAGAAGGUGAAGCAGCUGGACGCCCUGCGGCACCAGGUGGGUUUGCAGCAGAAGUUGCUGGAUGAGCUCUGUCUGCAGUACAGCCUACGCGAGCUGGAGCGGGCAGAGGCGCGAAGUGGCAACACGGAGGUGGCCAAGACCAUGCGGAACCUGGAGAACCGCCUGGAGAAGGCCCGGAUGAAGGCGGAAGAAGCCGAACACAUCACCAGAGUAUACCUGCAGCUCAAGGCCCAUCUCCAGGAGGAGAGCCUUCACUUGGAAAACCGGCUGAAAUUCAUGGAGGCCGAGGUGGUGAAGACAAAACGUCAACUAGAAGAACUGCAGGUGGUGGACCAGGAGGCGUCCAAAGCCCGGGACAUGGCCAAGUAUCAGCUGCAGCGUUUGGAGGAGUCCGUGUUCCGAGAGCGCAGGAAGCGUGAGCGCCACAUAUCCGAGUGCAAGAAGCGCGCGGAGGAGAGGAAGCUGCAGAACCAACGCUUGGAGCGCAAGACCCAGCGCGAGCACGUGCUGCUGCAGUCCGAAGAUCUGACCCAGGAAAGACUGCGCGCCAAGGAGGAGACGCUGAAGCGGCGCUGGAGCAUGUACCAGAUGGAGAUGCUUUUCGGCAAGGUCAAGGACGCCACCGGCGUGGCCGAUACCCACGCGGUGGUGAGGCGGUUCCUGGCACAGGGCGACACCUUCACGCAUUUGGAGGCGCUCAAGAGCAAGAACAAGCAGAGGCUGCUGACGCUGAAGCAAGAGAAGCAGCGGUUGCAGCAAGAGUUCGAAGGCCUCAAGUACUCGGGGGAGGCCACGCUGGUGAGCGAGCAGAAGCUGCAGGCUGAGUUGCAGGAGCGCCUCGAGGCUGAAGAGCAGCGGCGCACCAAGGCCCAGGAUAAGCUGGAACACACAAUUCAGUCCAUGCAGAUGACCAGGGAAGGCCUUGAACACCUGGCGGGCAAAAUGAAACGCGUCGCCGUGGACGCCGGCACGUUCGCCAGAAAGGUGCUGGAUCCCAAGGCAGAUGACUAUCUGCCAGCCCUGCUGGGCGUCGUGGAAGAAAAGCUGCUGAAGUUGCAGGCGCAAUUCGAGAGCCAGGACGUUGCCGCGAUGCUGCGCCACCUCGCCAACCGCGAGUUCUACUCCAUCCUGGAGGGAAGGCUGCCCCGGUACAACACCCGCAUCGCUCUGCCCCUUGGCAGUCACAAGGACAAGUUCUUCGAUGAAGAGGAGAGUGAGGAUGAAGAGAGCAACGUGGCGACCCGUGCGGCUAUGAAGAUCCGUUCCCAGAAAUUAAUUGAAUCCCGCAGCAAGAAGCGCAGUCGUUCGAGGAAGUCCUAGGCUCACGCUCACACCCACCUGGUGCUUCCGGGCCCUUGCGGAGCUCCCAACCGUUCUGGGUCCAGCCUCAGGCCCUCGGGCCCCUUGGAGGGCUAAACGCGGCCGGCACAAGGGAGCGGAGAAGGCCAGUGGCGCCCGGAGUAGAAAGGGAGGCCGGGCCGCCCGACGUUCCCACAGUAAAUCUUCCAAGGCGGGCCCGCGCUGGCCUCGGAAUAGCGCAAUAAAGGUCACCGACCAGC